UACGUGGGAGUAAAAUUACUCACCAGUCACCACACCUACCACCCACGACACGUGUUUGGCAGCUCAUCUCAACAUGGUGGUAGAGAUCAUUGCUGAAGUUUUAAGCAUUCCAGAGCCAGCAGCACGCUUUCUCUUUGGACUCUUAUUAACUUACCCGCUGGCAUUUAUUUAUCGUCCACUCAUAAUACCCUAUGCCUCAAAGAACACUCAGAGUAUUAUUUGUGCUGCUGGUGGGUUUGCUUUGCUGCAGUAUGUUUUCGGCUUGUCUGCUUCUUUACAUUUCUUGUUGGAUGUCAUUCUCGUCUAUUGUGUUUUUUUAUUAUUUGGAAAAGGGAGAGUCUCUUUAUUACUUACAUGGAUUAUUACUAUGGUAUGUUACCAUAGUACAAAAGCCCAAAUACAUGUAUAUUAUAAUGAUAUGCUCUGUUGUUUGUUUACUGUUAGUAGGAUUUUCUUGCUGGUAUGAAGAUUAAUAUUCCAGAGUAUAAGGCCAUUUCUGGCAUAAUUAUGCUUUUUGUACUUUUAUUAUGUUAAUUUAGCUAUACAUUGAAAUAUAAUGUACAUGUAGCUUUAUGGUCAGUUUUAAUUGCUAGAGUCAUUGUUGUAAUGUAA